AUGUCCACGACCAGCCCCGUCUUUCUGAUCGUACCCACAAUUCAACAAUAUGGCUGGGGCAAAAUGGGAAAGUCUUCCAAAGUCGCUCAACUCGCCGAAUCGGCAGUGCCUGGUUUUGCACUGAGCCAGUCAAUUCCUUAUGCAGAGUUAUGGAUGGGCACGCAUGUCAAGUCUCCUUCAGGGGUUCCCGGUCUUGGUGUGACGCUGAGGGACUUCCUUGCCGGGCACCCGGAACUGAUGGGUGGUGUGUCCUCGGUGUUCGACACCACCGGCGGAAACCUUCCUUUCCUCUUGAAGGUACUCUCGAUUGGGAAGGCGUUGAGCAUUCAAGUGCAUCCAGACAAGAAAACAGCGGAGAAAUUGCAUGCUCAACAGCCUAGUGUCUACACCGACCCGAAUCAUAAACCUGAGAUAGCCAUUGCCUUGACGCCUUUCCACGGACUCUGUGGAUUUUCACCCGCUCCUGAAAUCAAGGCAUACCUUGCCGCUGUCCCAGAAUUCAGAGCUAUUGCUCCGGACGAAGUUGUGCGUCGUUUCGAAGGCGCUUCGGAGCAGGAUGAAAGGGCCGCUCUGAGGGACUUUUUCACUGGUAUCAUGACUGCCGACGCGGACCGGGUAAAAGAGGAGAUUUCAAAACUCGUCAGUCGCUACCUGGAGGGUCGAGAGACGGGAAUCGAGCACGGCGUCAGGGAUCUUGUUCUGGCUCUGAAUUCGCAACAUCCCGGUGAUGUCGGCAUUUUCUGUGCUUUUAUGCUCAACCUGGUCGAUUUGCAACCGGGGGAGGCAAUAUUCCUCGGCGCGGGAGAGCCGCAUGCCUAUGUUUCUGGAGACAUCAUAGAGUGCAUGGCGAAUUCGGAUAACGUGAUCAGGGCUGGUCUUACUCCCAAACCUAAGGACGUCCCAAAUCUCAUCGAGUCACUCACAUACAACGCUGCUAAGGCAGAUAGUCAUAUGGUCCAACCCAAGCCUCUCCCGGGAAGCACGUACACCACCGCUUAUAUUCCACCCGUACUUGAUUUCAGAGUGCUUGCCGUGAAAAUCCCAGAAAACGGUACCGAAAGACAUCCUAAUUUCGACAGUGCUUCAAUCGCAAUCAUCACUGGAGGAUCUGGCUCAGUCAUAUCGGAAAAUGAGGGUGGUGAUCUGGCGUUGUCUACGGGAAAUGCAGUGUUUAUUGGAGCGAACGUCAGCGUUUCGUUCAGAGCUGGGAAUGAGGGGAUGUCCGUUUAUCGCGCGUAUGCGGCUACUUGCUCGUAA